GUCAUAACUGCAACGUCGAAGAUGUAAUUGCUUAUUAGAUGUAGUUGAAAUGGACAAAUAGACAAAUAAUGGAUGGCCUCGAUACAAGAGGCAGCACCUUGGAGCUCUGCGACAUUCGGUACAAAAAUUUUACGCCACCGCAUGGAGAGCUAUGGUGCAAUUCUGUCUGGGACUCGUUGCUUUGUUGGCCGCCGACGAAAGCUUUCAGUACGGUCAAGCAAAGAUGCCCUUUCGAGGAUGGUUUCGACACGACGAAAUUCGUGGAAAAAAAGUGUGGUUACAACGGACGUUGGGAAGGACAAAACAGAAGUUCAACCGGUGAAGAGUCGACUCACGGAUGGGCAAAUUAUACGACCUGCAUGACGCCGGAAAUACUUCAUUUUCAUGAGAAGGUUUACACAAAUACGCAGGAAGGAGAGAUGAAAAUGGACAUAGCCGAAAAAACGCGCACUCUCGAAUUCGUCGGAUUGAGCAUAUCGUUGGUGGCUUUGCUCGUCUCUUUGGUAAUUUUUUGUCGAUUCAGGUCACUGAGGAAUACCAGGACAAGGAUACAUAAGAACCUUUUCGUUGCUAUGGUCAUUCAAGUUCUAAUAAGAUUGAUCUUGUACAUAGAUAUCGAACUUUUGAGAAAGAAAGCACACGGCACGCAACGUGGGAUAGGAAAUACGCCGUUUCUCUGCGAGGCCAAUUACGUUUUGUUGGAGUACGCUAAGACCGCCAUGUUUACGUGGAUGUUCAUCGAGGGUCUCUUCCUUCACAAUAUGGUUACCGUGACCGUCUUUCAAGAGACGUCUUAUUACCGUAUGUACCGAUUCGUGGGCUGGGGAUGUCCCGUCGUGAUAACGUUGAUCUGGGCCAUCGUCACAGCGCUUUACUAUCAUCCCAAAUCGAAAUUUUUGAGAUGUUGGUCGGGAUACAAUUUGUCUUCCUACUUUUGGAUUAUCGAAGGUCCGAGAUAUGUCUUAAUACUGCUGAAUUUUUUGUUCCUGCUCAACAUCAUACGCGUGUUGGUUAUGAAGCUACGGCAAAGUCACACCAGCGAGAUUGAAAAAGUUUUAAAAGCUGUGAGAGCGGCCGUAGUUUUAUUACCCUUGUUGGGUAUCACCAACAUCUUAUUCAUGAUCAAAGCUCCACUGGACAACGUUAAGAAAUUUGCCUUGUGGUCGUAUUCGACGCAUUUUCUUACAUCUUUCCAGGGCCUCUUUAUUGCGACCCUUUAUUGCUUCCUCAAUGGCGAGGUGAGACUAGCUCUGGACAAGACCAUCUCCGUCUAUCUAUUCCUAAGAGGAACGGACCUUCAAGCGAGAAGACAGUCGACUUACAGCGGUUGUCAGCCAUAUCGAAUAACCUCAGAACGGCGCUCUGAGUAUGGCAGUUCUUGCGAGUCUUCAACAUCUAGAAACAAGGCUCGCGUUAGAACAUCCCCUCGAGUUAUUGAACAUCCAGCGAUGCCUUUGAACUUGACAACGACAACGACGACGAUGACGACUACGACGACUACGACGACGACGACGACGACGACGACGAGGAUGACGAGGACGACCACGACGACCACAACGACGACCACAACGACGACGACGACGACGACGAAGACGAAGACGGAUAACGAGCAACUCAUUGACGAAGCCAAUGAUUACACGAUCACUAUCUAAACGUCAAUCGUCUAAUGUAAUCUCGCAACUAUUUUCUCUAUAUCCUUUAUUGUCAUCAUCGAGUAUGGUGAAAUAUUAUUCGAGCCAAACUCGAUAAGAUUAAAAUGAAUCGCUUGGAAAAAAUAAUGUUCAACGAUCGCUUCGCGCAAGUUGAGCAAUCUAUGAAGCUAUCUAAGUUGUAUUAACUAAAAGUUUCUAACUCGAUCGCGAAAAGUGUGAGAAAACGCGAUGAGUGAUUAUGAUCGAUUCGCAGAUUUGGACGAAUAGAGAAUUCGUAAAGUUCUAACUUGAACAACGUCGAACGACGAUGAACGGGUGUUAUCGCACGCAUGUAUACAUACCUAUAUAUAAUAUCAGAUUUCUUGUUUUUCUUUCUUUUCUUUCUUUUAACGAGUCUACGGACGUAAUGCGCCGCACGAAAUCGUCGUUCGGAAAAUUGUUAUCCUAAAGAAUAAUGAAAAGUCCUUUUUAAGCGUGUAUAUCCUAUAACUUAUAUGUGUACCCACAUAGAAAUAAGAAAUAUUAAUACUCUCAAGUGUAAGCUAUAUGGUUUACGAUAUAACAUUUUAUAGACAUAUAAGAUAAGGACUUGAUUGACGUGCUUGAUAAAAAAGAAAAAUAAUAAAAAUCACAUAUUAAAUGUUGUCGUUGUUGUAGAGCUUUUUCGAAACACGUAAUUAGGGCAUCUUGCCAAUUCGAUUAGCAUUGGGUAAAUAAUAAAAAAAAAAAUUACCCGGGAAAGGGCAAAUCUCUUGAUAUUGAUUGAACGGAUAAAGAUAAAAAUAGAAAACUUUGACUAAUUUCGAUAAUUGACCGAUAACCGACAGCUAAAGAUAAAACGUGAGAGCAAAUAGAAACUAAGAGGAGUAGCUAUUGUGUAUUAUUAUCGUCGUUUUCGAUUUGCAAACUAC